GGGAGGUUAAUGUAGACUUCAAAUCACCUUCUUCAGGACAGUUUAAACAAAGAUUGAGGAGGACAAAAAUGGUAAACAUUUUAAGACAGUUUUUUCACAACAACUAAUGUAAUUCAAGAUGAAAAAAAGACAAUACAAAGGUCAAUCUUGGUCAUAGGUAGUUGACACAGCAGCAUCAUAUGCCCAAGUUUUGGUGCAAACACACCUGAUGGCUAAAGAGCACUUGCCUGUCUCAGUAGUUUCUGUUUUCAUCAAGAACCAGUUACUUUUAGCUCCUGGAUAAGACAUAUUUGAUUUUUACUUCUGGAAUUGAAAGACCUGAACAACUAUUACCAAGUGAGAAACAUUCAGAACUGCCCUGCUUUUCUUUUGUUUGGAAAGAUGUCCAUCUGGCAUACAAUGAUUCUUCUGUGUGAAUUUUGCCUAUUAACUCAUAAAGGUCUGUAUAUACAGCACUUUGAUUGCUAACUGAAUACUUUUGGUGAAGCAAAAUAGAGAAGAUAUAUGGUUUCCUCAAGCAGUGCAGAGAUUGCAUUAUAACAAGGAAAGCUUUCAGCUUGUUCAGUGAGAGGAGCACUGAAGAAUGCUGAAAAAACGAUCAGUUUUUUCAAAUUUGCCCUGGCAGCUAAUUUACCUUGUUUAUCAAUGCCAGCUUGAAAGUCAACUUGUGAGGCUCUGGUUGGGUCAUCAUCAUUGUUCCAGUCUCUUAGUGGAGAAUUGGGCUGGCGCCUCUCUGCUUCCAGGCUGUCCUAUCCUCUACAACUGAUGCCACCUCUGUCCAAGAUUUUAAUCCUUUCUCAUUAAGCUCCCUUUUCACUGUUCUCCAUGUCUCUCACAGUCGACCCUGAUUCCUUCUGCCUUCUGGUACCCAUGUGAGAGCAAUUCGAGGAUGUGAAUGAUGAUCCAUUCUAAGAACAUGACCUAGCCAUGUCCAAUUUCCUCCUUGCCACCUGCUUGCUUAUUGGUUCAAUCCGUGCUCUUGUUCUAAUCUCCUUGUUUGUUAUGCACAUUGUCCAGUAGAUCUUUAGUAUCCAACAAAGGCUCUUAUGUAAGGACACGUCCAGCUUUUUCUUGUCCACUUUAGCUGUUUGCCAGGUUUCACAUCCAUACAACAACACUGAGAGUGUGGCUGUACAUUAGGCUUGAAAAUUCUGAUCUUGGUUUUGCUGUUAAACUCUUGUUGUGUAUUUGAAGUCAUGGAAGUCGUGGCAGUUGCUUUUGACAACAUGACAAAAAUAAAUUAUCACAUUUCGAAAAAGUAUUAACCAGAUAGAAGAUAGAUAUGGAUAUAGGAAUAUCAGCCUUCUGACCUACAAUCAAUGACAUUAUCAAACCUGAAAUUAUUUGGGUUGAAUAACAUUGAGAUCACAACUACCAGCAAAUUAAACCUGAAUACUAAUUUUAUCAAGACAGCUAUUAUGUAAUUAUAUUAGGAAAAUACCUUGGAACCAAGAAGCUGAAGGUGCAUUGUAAUAGGUUUCUGAUUAUCUUAGAAAAAGCUUUGAGAUAAAAACACACAGUUUUAAAUUUGCAAAAGAAGAUGGAUGUUGGUCAUCCGAAACAUGUUUUGCAAAUUUAAAACUGUGUUGUUUUUUUUUUCACAAGUUAUUUCUUGUCUGCUACUAGUCCACAAAUUUGGAAAUAUCUUAGAAAGAGACAUUUUUAAAAGAGUAAACAACAGUUUUUGUUUCAUAGAGACUACUUGUUUAUGUUUUGAAAUGGCUUAGAUAGGAAAGAUGUGAAUUUCGUCAUAGUAGCGCUUUAACACCAAAAGGUAAUAAAAGGUAAUUUUUUACAGGUAGACCUGUGGCUUGUUAUCAAUCAUACUGUUAGUGCACUGAUAAUUCCAUAUUCCAUUAAUGGAAAACAAGUCAUUGAAAAGUAGAUGAGAAAACUUUGACAAGAAGCUGGAAUACACAGUCUUUAUAAUUACUGAUGAUUAUACAGAUUGAAGCAAACUAAGAAAUGUUUACAUAAGGAUGUCUGAAUUAAAAGGCCCAAUUACACACUCAGUUAACUAUUCUCAAGUAUUUUUUGUGUUAAAUACCUGCUGCCAGUGGAUUACUAAUUUUUAUGUUCAUAAAAAACAGGUUUUCAUGAUAUUAAUAAUUUAUGAACCUUAUUGUAGAAAUGUUUUGUACACUGGUUACUAAUAAUUAUUUUCAGCAUUAAAAUAGAUAAAAUUACUGAUGGCCAGCUGGUCUGCUGUAUGUGUACACAUGAAAAAAGAAAAGAAAUUAAAUAUUUGGCCUAAUUGUGUUCCCUGACAGUUAAAUUUUUCUGUUCCAUUUUGUACUGAUCGAGUAAGGAUAGAAUUCAAUUUAUGGUAACAGUUCUUGUUUGCAACUUAUAUAAAACAAAGUUAAAUGCAGUGGUUCAUUCCCUGAACUUAUUUUCUUUUCAUAAUUGUGUAUUUAUCUUUUUUCCUUUCUUGAAUGAUAUUUUCAUUUUUUUCUGAGACACAAAAGUUUACUUUUUUCAAGAACUGGAGUCUGCACCCUGUCCCAUAAUUUAUCACAUAAAAUAUUCAACUCAAACAGUAAGUCAUUAAUAAUUGAUGCACUUUAGAAUCUACUUCAGUUAUUGUAGUUUGAGUAACAUUGUUGCAAGCUCUCAAAAUGAUAAGUUCUUGAGAAACAAAAUAUUGAUCAGCUUAGCUUUAUUAAUUUGUCACUUACAUGGAUGACCCUGACAAAGACAGCAAGGCAAUCCUAAGAUCAUUUGAAAGCGUAGCAAAGAAGGGCUUUGAUGUUUUGGAUUUAAACAGAAAUGGAAUCCAACAGAUUCCACAUGGAUUGGAUGUACUUGAUCUCUCUCAUCUAAAAUAUCUUUACCUUGAAGGAAACACAAUUUGUCUCAUACCAGGAGACUUCUUUACUUGUCUUCAUAGUCUGGAAUGGCUUGAUCUAAGAAAUAACAAAGUUCAAGAAAUCCCAAGAAAUGUUGGAGAACACAAGAAUUUAAAAACACUGUUGCUAGGUAGAAACAAGCUCACUUUUCUCCCAACUGAGCUGGGAUUCAUUAGAACAUUAACAGGACUGAAUUUAUCUAAUAACCCUCUGGAAGAUCCCCCGCAAUUUGUGAUUAACAGAGGUGUUCAUGCUAUCAAACACUAUCUAUUGGCAAAGCUUAGGUUAAACCCAGAAGACUUUCAAAGUGAUGAAGGCGAGUCAGAUUACCAAAGUGCAGAGUGUGAAGAUAAUAAUUUACAAACAGAUUACAAGGAGGAGGCCAAAGAAAGCAAAGGCAGUGAUGGUCAGAUCACUGAAGGGGAUCCUACGACACAGCCACCUUUGUGCUCAAGAGAGGUGAUGUCUUAUUAUGGUGCACUACUCGGUGACAUUCCAAAGUCAUACAUCUUUAAACCGUGGAAAACUGGAGUCUUUUUCAAAAAGGAAGAGAACAGUAAUCUUGAACUCAACAGUGACUGAUGGAAAGCAAGUCAAAAAACAGUAACUAC